GCACUGCCUGGGCUCUCCCGGGAUUCCUGUCUGGCCCGGCGAGGCUCGGAGACCGCUGGGACUUGUAGUCCGCGUCAUGGAGCCGGUGAGCGCCGGUGGCUCUUUCCUGGGCGAGAUCGCCUUUUGGGCAGAGAGGACUCCGGUUCACGAAGCUGCCCGAGGCGGGGAAAUCCAUCAGCUCCAAGAACUGAUCCGAAACGGCGCCUCUGUCAACCUAGUCACUUACGACUCCAUCACGCCCCUGCACGAAGCCAGCCUGCGGGGGCAGACGCGGUGUGUGGAGAUCCUGCUGGCCGCGGGAGCCCAGGUGGAUGCCAGAAACAUCGAUGGGAGCACCCCGCUCUGCGAUGCUUGCGCCUCGGGGAGCAUUGAGUGCGUGAAAGUCCUCCUCUCGCAUGGGGCAAAGGUCAACCCGCCAUUGUACAUCGCGUCGCCCCUCCACGAAGCCUGCUUAAACGGCAGCGCCGAGUGUGUCCGUCUCCUGAUUGAGGUCGGCGCGAACCUCGAGGCCCACGACUGCCAUUUUGGAACGCCGUUGCAUGUGGCGUGUGCGCGAGAACAGCUGGAUUGCGUGAAGUUACUGCUCAACGCAGGAGCCAACGUGAACGCAGCCAAACUUCACGAGACGGCCCUUCACCACGCCGCCAAAGUGCGAAACGCCGACCUGGCGGAGAUGCUGAUCGAAUUCGGAGGAAACGUUUACGCCCAGGACAAUCGCGGCAAAAAGCCCUCCGAUUACAGCCAGAGGAACAGCUGCACAGCAAAAUGCUUGGCCUAUUAUGAAGGGAAUCCACUGCGGCUGUCUCAACUCUGCCGUCUCAGCCUCCGUCGCGCUCUCGGCCAAAAGGCUCUGGAGAAAAUCCCCCAUCUGCCCAUCCCGACGAAAUUCAUUGCCUUCCUCUCUUACAGUCAGUGAGUGGCCCGUGACCCCAAUCCCAGGAAUGGGGUUUGUGGAAUUUUGGGGUGUCCCCCCCCCCCAAAUCUUUACUCUACAACGUUCAGCUUUUCUCAAACAACCCUGGUUCGAAACACGCGUGACAUUUUUUCCCCUCGAGGGAAUGUAAAUAAAAUUUUUAAAACUGGGGCUGGAAGAGAGUUACCUGGUGGUCUCCUUUCCAGCUCAGCUGACACUAAGAGAGCGUUGGCGAAAUGCUUUAGCGUCACCGGGUAAUUGCGGUUUUUGUUCACGUCCAUCUUGAAGAGCUGCGACGAACAACCGACGUCAAACCCGAUGGAACCUCGGCUGGGCCCAUUUUGUGGCUUGAUCCUCGACUUACGACCAGUCCGCCACUUACAGCCAGAAAUGGAGUCCCAGAUUUCUCUCGCUUAGUGGAUUUUGUCCCAUUUUACGAUCUUUCGUCCCACAGUGGCUGAGUGAAUCACUGCGGUUGUUAUAUGAGCAGCACCGUUGUUAAAUGAAUCCCCAUUAACUUAACUGGUCGCAAAAAAGGGAUCGCAUGACCCUGGGAACACUGCAAGCGUCGUAUAUGCAAGCCAGCAUCCAAAUUUUGAUCACAUGGCGGUCGUUAGUGUGAAAAAAUGGAUGUGUCACUUUUUCAGUGCCAUUGUAACUCAGAAUAGACACUAAACAAGUGAUUCUAAGCUUUCUUUCCUGUAUGAACAACUGCGAAUUGCAAUUUACACAUUUUAAAACCUGCUGCUGGGGAAUUCUGGGAAUUGGAGUCCUUCCACUUUAAAGCAUGCUGGGGAAUUCUGGGAGUUGAAGUCCACCCAGUUUAUCUGAGGAAUGCUGGGAGUUGAAGUUUGCCAAUCUACAAGCUGCCGAGAUUGUGAGCCAAAGGUCCAGAGUCUUCGGGGGGGUAUUUACGGGUGUUUUGGGUGUGAAGCCAUAAUAAACUUAAUAAAUAUAGUUUAGGUAUGAAUGAGGCUUUUCUAUCCUAUGUGUUUCUUCUUAUUAAAUCUAUUUUCGACUUCAAAUAUUAGCAUUCACAUUCAGGUGGGGGAAACUAUACAGGAAGUCCUCGACCUACAGCCACAAUGGAGCCUAAAAUGUCUGUUGCUGAACGACACAGUCGUAUAGGUGAGUUUUUGCCCCGUUUUACGACCUUAACUUGCCGCGGUUACAAUGGAAUCCCUGCCGUUGUUAAGUUAGUAACAGGGUUGCGAAGUGAAUCCGUCUUCCUCAUUGGCCUCGCUUGUCGCAUAACCCCGGGACACCACCGCAACCGUCGUAAAUACGAGUCAGUUGCCAAGCAGCUGAAUCCCAAUCACGUGACCGCAGGGACAUUGCGAUGCUCAUGUGAAAAGUGGUCAUAAGUCAUUUUUCCGUUGCAACGUCAUUAAGUAACUUGGCCUUUGUUAAGCGAACUCUGAAGUUUUAUUGAUUCGUUUUAUUUCUCCCCAGCAUUAAUUGAGGUUUAACUUUUUUAGGUAUAUAAGUUUUCUACUUUUUUUUAUUUUUUACAAACAUCAGUGCGUCAACGGUGUGGCACCAGGGUAUCAUACAUUCUAAUACAAAUUAAAACUAAUAGCAUUAAUCAUAGUUAUUACUUUCAACCAACUUAUCUGUUUCUAAUAUUAGUACAUAUUUAUAGAAAGUUGCAAUUGGCCAUUAUUCAAUUAUUCCAUGUUUCCUCUUAAUAUUGCUCUUAUUUUGUUAUACAAAAGUGCAUACACGAAUAUUUCCCUUUUCUCUUAUUUCUAUCUCUUAUUCUUAAUGCAGGAGGGGGUGCACAGGUAAACCCACCAGUGGCUGGCCAGGUUAGGUGGUCUUAAAAGAAUGGACCUUAUAAACUUAUAUUAGCGUGACAUUUCACUCUGGUGACCUGGAGUUCCAACUUUGACUUUUAGCUUCCAACUUUGACUUCUGACUUCCUCAUAAGUAUUAAAAAUAGUGCUGAAACAGUGUG